AUGGUGGAGAGUUCAGCAGAAUCAAUUCUCACUUUCAAAGAAGCUGUUGUUGAAGAACACAACAAGCAUAUUAUUCAUGCUCCCACAUUUACAUCACAUGCAAUAAAGCACUAUUUAAAAACACGAAUUUCCUCGUUGUGGGUUAGUUGGGAUGAAUUGAAGCAAUAUAGCUGGAACGAGAUUCUUAACCCCUUUCAGCCAUUAACAGAGAUGAACUUGCACCAAUGGAAUUAUUUUCUUAUGGCCUUUUGGUGUUGGACCAUGGAUGCUUUUGACUUUUUUGUCACUAGUUUGAAUGUGAGACAUAUGGCUGAAACUUUUGGUGUUUCCACAAAGGAUAUGACCUGGGGUAUUACCUUGGUUUUAAUGUUUCGUACUGUCGGUGCCGUUAUAUUUGGUUUUAUUGGUGAUCAGUUUGGUAGGAAAUGGCCAUAUAUUGUCAAUUUGUGCUUGCUUAUUAUUUUGCAAAUUGGCACUGGGUUUGUCAAGACAUAUGCGCAAUUUUUGGGGAUUAGAGCCUUGUUCGGUGUAGCAAUGGGUGGUAUCUUUGGUAUUUGUGCCGCUGAAGCAUUGGGUGAUGCUCCCAAAAAGGCAAGGGGUGUGUUAUCGGGUAUUUUUCAAGAAGGUUAUGCAUUUGGAUACUUGUUGGCGGUUUGUUUCCAACGAGCAUUUGAGCAAACCAAAAAUACAUGGAACAAUAUGUUCUUUUUCUCGGCUGGUGUUUCUGUGAUUUUUGUUAUUUGGAGAUUUUGUUUUCCAGAAACCGAUAAUUACCAACGACAAAGGGCUAGGUUUGACCGUGGAGCUGAACAAAAACACUCCAAGAUUGCUGAAUUCAAGAGUGAAGCUAAAAAUGCUUUAAAGACAUAUUGGUUGAUUAUCAUUUACAUGAUUUUGAUGAUGUCUGGGUUCAAUUUUUCGUCUCAUGGCUCGCAAGACUUGUAUCCAACAGUUAUGACUGAAGAGUACAGUUAUGGACACGAUAGAACCACUGUUGUUAACGUUUGUGCCAACUUGGGUGCUAUUGUUGGUGGAAUGAUUCUUUCGCAUCUUUCCACGUAUAUUGGUAGAAGAACUGCAAUUUUGUGUGGCAAUGUGAUUGCUGGUGCAUUCAUUUAUCCAUGGGCUUUUAAGCCAAUGUGGAUAACUGCGUUUUUUAUGCAAUUUGGUAUUCAAGGGUCAUGGGCUGUUGUUCCAAUCCAUUUAUCGGAAUUGUCUCCACCACAAUACAAGGCAUUCAUUGGUGGUGUUGCUUAUCAAUUGGGUAAUUUGGUUAGUUCUGCAAGUUCCACCAUUGAAGCAACUAUCAACGAAACUUUGGAUGAUUAUGGCAAGACAAUGGCUAUCUUUAUUGGUGCUGUGUUGAUAUAUAUGAUCUGUAUCAUUCUUAUUGGUCCUGAGAAUAGAGGUGCUGAUUUAGGAGUAGAAAGGGAUGACGAGUUUAGCAUCUAUGAUGUCGAUGACGAGGGAGAUUAUCAAGGGGAUGAGGAACAUUUCAAGCAUCUUGAUGAGCUUGCUGCUGUUAAAUACGAGGAAAAGAAAGACGAUGAUUUGGAAAUUAAGGGUUGA